CCUUCGAAUUCUCUAACACUCUUUUACUCUUGAAUUUAAUCAUGUGUCAUUUCUGAACGAUAUUUAACAAUUUGACAGAGCACAUGCUGACUUAUUUGUUGUGAUAUUUCGCAACGUGCCCAUUUGAUUAUUCAAAUUUUCCUUCCUGUGUCCAGCUGUUGCAAAGUUCUUUGUUUUUCUAUUGUUUCCAGUUAUUCUUUUAGGCUGACUUUUUAGAACCCUCGUAUUAACUGGUCCCGAAAUUAAGUCUUACAAGUAAGGCACAAGCACCCAAAAGUGAGCAGAACUAAAAUUAUGGACCGCCCUCUUUAGAGGAUUGUCUUAUUUUCAACUUUUAAUUUUGGAUGGCUGGUGUGUGUGUGCGCACGCGCUCAGUGCAUCCCAAAACGGCUACAUCGUGGGCGCACAUCUGGGAAGCAGAGUGCAGUUGGGAAAAAAGAGAGAAAAUAUCUGCUCUAACAACUGGACGAGGGCGGGGAAACAUCUGCGUGAGCGAGGCAGAAGAUGAGCGCCGCUGCGUCGCUCGUCCUGCGUGAAACAUCUCAGGAAUGAAGCCGAGCUCUCAUAGGACAUUAUGCAACCCACGCAGAUUUGAAAAUCUGAAAAUAACGUGCCGAGAUGAGUCUGAGAAACGAUGAGGAAUUACGCUCUUUUCCACGGAGGGGUUUGUCUUCAUCUUCUACAUCUUCUCUGAAAAGACGUCUUGUGAGACUGGCAAGAAAGUCCAGUGAUGGAUCCCUUCGCUCGAGUUCGUCUACUGGCAGUUCAUCCACUGGCAGGUCAGCUGAGGCUGUGGCUUUCAGGCAGCCUUGCAAGAGCCGCAUCCGUCACCACACCAACCGCCUCUCAGGAGUCUUCCUUCGCGGCGCCGCCUCUGGCUCACUGUCCGUGGCCAUGUCCGCCCAAAUCGGGAAAGGAAGCGAUGCCGAAAUUGUGGAUGACCCAUCUGAGCUGUCCAAUCAGUUAAGUGCUCCUGGAAUCUUGAAGAUCUUUGGAAGCGCAAUUUGUAAAGGAGCCUACUAUAAGAGUGUCUUGGCCACGACACAUUCCAGUGCGAAAGAGCUGGUCAAAGAGGCCCUUGAAAGGUAUGGCUUUGGAAAAGACGAGGCAAGUUCCUAUGUUCUGUGUGACACGAUUGGCUCCAUUAGCGCACGUUUGUGGAAAACCGAAGGGUUCAGAGUCGUGGGCGACAAUGAGAAGCCGCUCCUCCUGCAGUCGCUGUGGAAACCAAGGGAGGGCCUCGCCAGGCGCUUUGAAAUCCAGAGGCGAAGCCUAGUAGAAGAGCAGUCAUUCAAAGAACAAGACACCAUCACUGCUGGUAUCAAUGCUCAGGCCCGUAAACUGCAGAAGAGUCGCUCCAGAGUUAACUCCACCCUCGUUGAGAGAACUAUGAGUCAAAGCCAAAAACUCUGGCGGAGUAAAAGUGAGAUGGACCUUAUAGAGGCUGAUUCAGCGACCAAAGCGAAUGAGGAUCAAAGUAUGUCCUUGAAUGGAACUUUAGUGGAGAGCCAUAAGUGCUCAGAAGCAAGGGCAGAACUGAACGACAUUGACCACGCAGUUCCCUCUAAGGGGGAUGGUGGGUCACAGGCCAAAACAGAGACCCUCUAUCCACCGAGGCCGAGAGGUGAGCAGGAAGGAGAGGAGUCAGAGAGGGAGGAGACGGAAAGUAGCGACGAUAACACAACACAGUACUCCAUUCACCCACCUCAAGACUGCCCGUACCUGCUGCUACUACACGGACGCAGCCUUGUACAGGACUUUGUCAUCUACCUACUUAUGAGUCCAAAUAUUGUAGUGGGGAGACAAAAUGACAGCGGCGAUGUACCACAGGCGGAUAUUGCCCUCCUCGCCGAAGAUAUUCUUCCAAAACAUUGCAUUUUUCAUCGCAGUGCUACUGGUGGACCCACCAUGCUGUGCCCCUUUCCUGAUGCUGCGGUCACAAAGAAUGGCAAUAUGUUAAAAGAGAAAGGAGAACUUUUCCCUGGUGAUGUCAUUGGGUUGGGACAAACCUACCUGUUUCUAUUUAAAGAUCCCUUGAUGCACAAGGAACUCAACAGUCCUGCUCCAGAGCGAAAAUUGUCGACCCUCCCCUGGUUGUUUAGCAACACUACAUCCACUCAUAAAACAAGCCAGACAAGAGAUGCGAUAUUCUACAACACCUGUAUGGUGACCAAAAAGUGCCUGAAGAGAGCCCCUCCAUUUUUUAAAUCGCCAGAGGGUCACUGCCUGAGUUUGAAUUAUCAAGCAGACAAUGAGCAUAGCGUCAUCCGGCAAAUAGUUGCACUUGGGAGCAGUGACGUCCAAGAGGGACCGUCGCUGAGCAUUGCUUUUCUGCUGUGCCUGUGCACUCAAUAUUCCGCAUCAUAUUUACGUACCUCAGACCUGCGAAGGCUCCUGCUGCUGAUUGCAAGCGAAAUCCAGAGCGCUGUUUGGGAGCAAACCAAGAAACUAGCUGCUUUUCAGAAAGAAGUCAACAAGGACGCAAUCACAAGACUGUUGCCCCUUGUGGUGUGGAUGUCAAACAGCCUGGAGGUGCUCCAGUUCAUCCAGUAUCAGUUACCUGUCAUCUUGGAAUGGAGAACAUGUGAAGAGAAUGAAGAUAGAAGAGAAGGAGAGUUUGGGGAGAAUUUGGACCUGCUGGAGUUGCAGCUGUCCUCUGUGCACUCGACCGCUGAAGAAACAGUGGCGGCCUUGGAGGAGGUCAUCAUGCUUACCUUUCAGCAGUGUGUGUACUACGUCACUAAGGUCCUGUACCCCAUCCUGCCAGCCUUUCUGUACGCCAACCCAUUCAAGGAAGGUCACUCUCUGAAUGGCAAGGGUGCUCCGGUCUUGGGUAGCAGCGGUCUGACAGUCCCUGAUCAAGUCCAACAGGUUGUGGAGGUCCUAUCUGAGACGCAGAGACUACUCUCAGACUGUCAGCUUCACCCUGAGAUUUCCACACAGCUCAUCGCCUUCCUUUUCUACUUCAUCAACGCAUCACUCUUCAACUUACUCAUGGAGAAAGGCUCAGAGCCAGGUUUCUAUCAGCGGUCUACAGCCAUUCGCAUACGGACGAAUUUUGACUUGCUCCUGAAUUGGUCCAGGACAACCGGAUUGGGAAAACUGGCUUUAGAGCUUGCGUGCACGCUCUCAUCAGCGAUCAAUCUUCUCACUACGCCAAGGAAAAAUUUACUCCAGACCUCCUGGGCCUCGCUGCGAUCGGAGUUCCCUGCCUUGAACGCAGCCCAACUGAACCACCUGCUCAGUUUUUACAGCCCAACGUGUCCCACCAGGCACACAUGGACUCCGUGCGCCCGGGACCAAACGGAAGCGCACAGAACUGAUGAUAUCCUGCAGAGUUUUGAUACCCACCAUCCUCUUGUGCUACCAGAUGGGGGUUACCAGUUCAUGGUGGGAAGGGCAGUGACAGAUUUGGGCCUGGUUGAACACUUAAACAAGCUCAAAGAUUUCAUUUUCAACCUCCCUAAUUUACAGUCACAUGGGAUCAUGGCGUCGAACCGGCACCAGGGUAUCACCAUGGAGACCAAAUCCAGAGAGGAAAUCAUGGCUACAACGCCCAUCAAAACAGUAUUCUGUCAGCCAACCGUCCAGACUCUGCCGCCAUCAUCUGGUUCACCCCCAUCACCGGCAUCACCAUCCCUCCACUCCUCGGUUCCCUACUUGGAUGAGUUCAAUUCCUGCGGUGCCCUCCUUUUGUCCCGGAAGCUUCGGAAUCUACAACUACAGACAAGAGAUACCACAGAAUUAAGGAAAUCGACAUUGGACCCCUCCUGUCUCCUCACCCCGCCCAACACCCCCCUCACUCUCGAUCCUGUUCACUGGGUUAAAGAAGACCAAGACCAAGAUGCACAUUCCUGGUCCUCUGAUGUUGGUGCACAUGACGAAGGUGGCUUAAUGUUCGAAUGCCUUGCUGCACUGAAAGAUGACCGUUUCAAUCAAGAUUACACCAGUAUGAAAAGGAUUUUUGAGCUUAUAGAAGAAGAGGAGGAAGAGGCCGAAGAGACCGGCAACCAUUUUGACGACAACAACGAUGAGAUCUUCAGUCUGGAGCUAGAGCGUGACAAAAGCGGUCUUGGUCUUGCUCUAGUUGACACAAGGGAUAUGUCACUAAAGGUGAAAGGCAUCUUCAUCAGAGCCGUGGUUCCGGACACCCCUGCCGCACGCUGUGAGAAGCUCCAACCAGGAGACAGGAUCCUUGCCGUGAAUGGAGUCAGUCUUCUCGGCCCCCACUGCCUAAACGGCAAGGAGUUGAUGCAGUCAUCGGGUGAUAGAUUGAGGUUAUUGGUGGCCAGAUCAGAUUGGAUGGCCAAAGUUAUACAGACUGAAUGCUGACGCCGCAAAAAGCAUCCAAAUGAUUUGUGGACUCAUAAAUAUCAUAUGACAGCCAUCAAAGAAUUGGAGCCGAGCUGACAUUUUUCAAAAAGGGAGGGGGGUGUAAUGCUCAAUUUUGGCUGGACCAGCAGUGUGUGUGUUCCCUGCUGAAGGCUCAUACAUAUGAAACCUGGUGUUGAGCUUCAUUUCACGCCCACCCUGACCACCACAAUGGAGAACUG